AUGACAGCUGUAGAGUCUCAGAGUGUGUUUGUCAAAAGUAGAAUUUACGCCUUCGUGACCAUACAACACCCUCUCUCCUCAACCUGUCUCCCUCUCCUUAAAUUGUCCUCUAAAUGGUCCCUUGUUUCCAGUUCCUCUCCUAGUCUUCCCUCCAGGGCGCUGUUGGACCGCCGUAAGGAGAGGUCUCGUGACUCGGCACGCUCUCGUCGCUGUAAAGAGACGGAGCUCUUCUGUCAGCUGGCUCAUCAGUUGCCCCUGCCUGAGGGUGUCAGCUCCCACCUGGACAAGGCUUCCAUCAUGAGACUGACCCUGAGCUACCUGCGCACCCGUAGGCUCCUCAAUUCAGGUGGCCCUGAGAGACACAUAGAAGAGGGUAGACAGGUGCAUCCCCUCUGUCUGCAGUCACUGGAGGGGUUUCUUCUGGUGGUGACAUCACAUGGUGACAUGAUCUAUGUCACAGAGAACAUCAGCAGGUUCAUGGGCCUCUCCCAGACAGAUCUUAUAGGACAUAGCAUCUAUGACUUCAUACACCCCUGCGAACAUGGAGAGAUUCGAGAGAACCUCAACAUUAGAGGUAGAGGAAAGCGGAGACAGACAGAGAGAGAUUUCUUCAUAAGGAUGAAGUGUACCGUUACAAACAGAGGGCGCACCAUUAAUCUGAAAUCUGCCAACUGGAAGGUAUUACACUGCACAGGGCAUCUGAAGGUGUCAAGUCCCACCUUUUCCUUCCCCGCGGGGUGUGCGGCACCAUUAGUGUGUGUGAUGCUCCUGUGUGAGCCUAUCGCUGUGCCCCCCAGCCCAGACACGCCCCUCAGCAGCCACAUCUUCAUCAGCCGCCACAGCAUGGACAUGAAGUUCAUCAACUGCGAUGAGAGAGUAAGCAAGUUGUUGGGGUACCAACCAGAGGAACUUUCUAAACGCUCAGUGUAUGAACUGUGCCACGUCCUGGACGUCCCCGUCGUGGCCCGAAGCCAUCGGAUCUUGUGUGCCAUGGGACAGGUGGUGAGUGGGCCCUACCGGCUGCUGGCCAAGCAGGGAGGCUAUGUGUGGGUGGACACUCAGGCCACGGUGCUCAGCAACAGCAACAGCAACAGCAACCAGCCACAAGUCAUCAUAUGCCUCAACGAUGUCAUGAGCAAUAUAGAGGAGCGAUGGAUUCCCUUCUCUUUCGAGCAGACAGAGGCUGCACAGAAAGAAGGGCGUCGGAUGGGCAGCCCUCUAUCCAGCAGGCUGAAUCAGAAGCCAACAGCUCAGCCCCAAACAGCAGAAACCAGCCUGGGCUUUGGUCAGCACGACCCCCUACAGCUUGGCUCUCGGUGGUCGCUUUGCCCACCCCCUCUUCUUUCAUCAUAUCCACUCACCUGAGUCCGCACCAGGCCUUUGGCAUGUCUACCUACAACCAACCACAUCUCUACCUCAGUAUACACACACUCUGUUAUGGUGGCGUAGCUACUUACAUUUUACAUGAUCAAGGGCAUCAAAAAGAAUGACCAAUUACAAAUCAUUUUUUUUAUUAUUGUGCAUCUGCUAUGUACAUUUCAAAAUAAAUCACAAUCCAUAAAUGGCAAUAUCAAAGUAACAAAAAGUAAUGUAUCAGGUGGUAUUCAAGGAUAAUAAUUAGGCAAGUAUUUUAAGUCAGAAAUCAGACUGAAACCUUCAUAAGCAUUAGCACCAGAUGGCUGGUCGAACAUUGUUAAAACAUAUAUUUCAUUUGACUUUUUUUGUUAUUCUUUUGGUUAUGUUAGCGUUCUUGUCUGAUGUCACAAUAAAUAAAUCUAUGCA